AUGACUCUUGCGGAUGCCAUUUGUGCAGCAUCAAUUUUAAUAUAUACUAUAGCUUUAGGCGUCUUUGAAUCCAUGGACUGGCCAAUAUCAUCAUUGCGUAUCGUUUGCAAGUUCUUUGGGCCAUGCCAGUUAAUUACUUAUAUUACUGCAACACAAACUCUAACUGCAAUGAGCAUCGAAAGAUAUAACGCAGUAAUCCAUCCUCAUCCAAAGGUCACCAAAAAGAAAAAUAUACAUUUGAUAAUAAUUAUAACUUGGAUAAUUGGAAUAAUAAUGUCGAUCCCUUUUAUCCAGAUUAUUACCGCUGUGCCUCAGAUGCAUCUUCCAUGCGAAGUUAUCCAAUAUAAGAAUUCCACUUAUAAUCAAGUUUAUGCUGGCAUCAUAAUUACCACUCAAUAUAUAGUACCGUUAAUUAUUAUGUUUUAUACUUAUGGAUACCUCAUAACUCGUUUACGCUAUCGCCGUCGCCAUUCACAGAUUUUUCGUAGUAAAAAAAUCAUGCCAAAUAAUCAAAAUGAACUUAAACGAACGAUAGCCUAUGCACUACCCUAUAUAACUAUUCCAACUCACCUACAGCAAAUACGCCGAGCGAGACACCCUGGUAAAUAUAUCAGUGAUGUUAUUAAGAUGGCGGUUCUUGUUACCAUUGCUUUUAUGAUACUGGCUUUGCCUUGGACUAUAGUAUUAGCUUGGAUGACUAUUCAGCGUCAAAAUUUAAGUAAAAUUUAUAAACAUAGUAAAGGAGUGCUCAUCUAUCUUGUUCAUCUAUCGCAAACUUCAUUUCUCCUAACAAGCUUAUAUAAUCCUAUACUUUUUUGUGUUUUUAAUCAAUAUUUUCGACAGCGACUGCAACAAAUCUUUUAUCUACUAUUUAGAAGAGUUACUGAUCAUUUCCGUAAUUUAUUCCAUCGCUUCCAAGAGCAUACACCGCUUAAAGAUGACGAUGAAAGUUCUAGUAUUUCAUCGCGCUGUACAUCCAAUUGCUAG